AUGACUCAACCAAACCGUGUACAGGUCAUUCGACGAAAUCAAAGUAUCAAUGAAUUUAUCUAUGAACGAGAUAGUACUGCUCAAGAUAUUUCAUAUGAACAAAUUCUAUUGAACCAACAUGAAUAUAAUAGUGUUGGUUGGAGACGCUUAGAAAUAAUUCAAACGUUACCUCUAAAAGAAAACUGGCCGAUAACGAUGGGAAAUGGUGUUGCAGCGAUUUCAAGUGGAUUUUUAGGUGGCAUGAUAACACGUCGUGUGGCACGUAAUUUAUUACUUCAUUUAUCUUCCAGUACGCUUCCAGCAAGCGGUGCUUGUCUACUUGUUUGUAGUGUGACACAUUUAACAAGUUAUUAUUAUUCUGUUCUACGACCAAUGCUUUCCAAUGAUCCAAUGUUAUGUUCAACAUGUCUAGAAAUACGUGCAUUUGCUCUCGGAAGUUUUAUACCUCUAACAUUUGGAACAAGUAUAGCAGUUCUAAGUAACUUUUCAACAUGUCUAAUAAAUAAAACUAUACGUUUACCACAAUUUCAAAUUCAAGCAUAUCCUGAGUGGAUACGUUUUUUUCGUAAACAUGCAUUUAAGGGAAUGUCUCGUGGACAUUUUUUUGCUUUUCCAUUAAUAAAUGGAUUUUUAGCAUCAAUGAUAUUUAUGGGUCAAAAUUAUUAUUGGAAAAAUAAUCUUCAAUAUCGUUUGGCUACGCUUGAAAAAGAAUUAUCUUAUUCAGAACCUAAAAAACGAAAUAAAAUAUUUGCAUCUAUUGAAGAUUUUUUCAUCCGAUUGGUUGGUAGAAAAACAAAAUAA